CUCAGAAUCGAUACCGAUCUAUUCAUUGUCUUGAGCCGGGCGAGUGGGAGUGAAAAAAAAACCUUCAGGCAUCACUGCGUAUAUUUCAGUGUAGAUUUCACCCUGGACAACUUGGUUGACAAUUAUCUCGCUACAAGGAAUAUGAGGACAACAUUCCUUUUACUUUUUGUCGGUGUGGCCAUAGCACUGGUAGGAGCACAUCCCGUAGAUGUAUCAAGUCAAAAUGGAGAAAAAUCUUCGACGAGCUCAGGAGUCCUGCACAGGGAACGAAGAACUAUCGGGAUACUCAGAGAUCUGUUCCCUAACUUUUCAAAGAUGAUCGACCAGAAAAUACAACAGUUAACAAGGAUCAUAUUCCGGAUCGUCGGAAGGCUAGUACUAAACGGAGGCGGAGGCGGAGGCGGUGGGGGCGGCGGUGACUCGGAUGACGAUCGGAGGAUAUCCAUCACCCUCCCGACCUAUCCGCCGGAUCUAGUCGAUGAAGAUGAAGAAGACGAAGACUCGACGGACAACACGGAAGCCGGGUCGGAUGCGACGACCACCGUCAGCCCAGAUGGGGAAAAUGCCGUCGCCGAAUCUCAGGUGAAGGAGGUCCGAGUGAAAAGGGAGGCAGAAGCCGCUGCCGAAGAAGAGGCCAGUUCUGAGGAACAAGACACCGAUGCUACCGGAGAUAAUGAAGUAGCUGAUGAUAACGAAGGAGAGAGCUCAGAGUUGGAAGACGAAGAAGAAGAAGAAGAAGACCCGAGAAACAAGAGAUUCCUGAACUUUAACCUUGGUGUUUCUGAUGGCAAAGACGCUGGGGGUUCAGGUGGGGGUUCCGGAAACUUCCUCUUUGAUGUCAUCAGGAGGUCGGCGGACAGGGCAGCGAGGAUGGCGGGGACCGUGUACAGAGUCCUGGCGGGGACGGAUGACGCCGGUCUACCAACUUACCAGUCAGCGAGAUCGCUGGUUGCAGGAAGUGGACAAUCACAUGGAGAAGGACAUGCGGCACUUGAAGAACCCAAGGAAGGACAUUACGGAGAAGGUGUACCUGGACCUCUGACAAGAUUAUUUGUCGUUGCUAACAAAGGAGUAGCUUCCCUCAUCCAAGACCUCAUUCUUCGUCUCGCCCAGACUAGCGAGAGGAUAGUCAACUUCAAGGCCAGGCUCAUCACUUCAAUCAUCUAAACUGUGGACCAGGACUUUCGUUGCAGCUGAACAUUGUCACCAUUGGAUUAUUCAUCAUUUCUCAUUUCCAUCCAUUUACAUUUCUUUCUUUUUUUUUUGUGCAUCUGAGAUAGUUGAACAUUUCAUUAUUAAACUGUGAUCAUCAAUAAUUUUCUUUUUUCAUUUAUCAUCUAUCAUGAUAGAUUGUUUCUGUUUUGUAAAUUUUUUUAUAUUCUUCCAAGAAAAAAAUAUUUAUAUUGUUACCUUCCUAAUUGUAUUUAUGGAAAUUUAUUUAUUUUUCAAAGGAAUCACAGAAUGUCUUGUUUAAAGUAGCACCCUCACUUUUUUCAUAAUUUAUAUCAAAUUUAAAAUAAGUGGAAUGUUAUGGUUUUUUUCUGUUUUAUUUAUUUGUUUACCAACAAUCAAGUGCAAUCAAAUGUUAAGGUGUUAACAUUUACGUGGAACGCUGUGUCACUGUUGAGUAACACUGUCACAGUUAUAGCUCAAUAUUUUUUUGUAUUUAAUGUUAGAUAAUAAUGCUGAUUUGUAAUAUGAUAAUUUGAUAAUCAGCAUAACUGCCAAACCGACCAUUUGCACAAUAAUCCGUGCAAAGUCUGGUAUAAGCAUUAAUUUAUUGCAUUGUAGUUUUUAAAAAAUUAAUCUUAAUAAGGUUGAUUGAUAUGGAAAAUCUUUGAUAAUUUUGUGACACAAAUGUAUUUAUUGGGAAAGUUUAAAAAAUUUGAAAGGCAGCUAAUUUCAUUUUGAAAAAUUUGAAACGUGUAUUAUGAAUAAGACUUAAUGCAUAGAACUGUCACUGUCUAAUUAUUGUUUUUUUUUUUAUCUGUGGAUAUCUAGUAAAUAUAUAAAAAAUUGUAUAUAAUGUAAGUAGCAUUUGUUCCUGUAGAAAUGUAUAAUUUUAUAUUAAAAACUGCAUUGCCACAAUUAUGAUUAACAUUAUUUAGCUAAAUAAAGAAGUUUGAAUGUCAA